AUGAACAGUGAUAACUCCGAGUUCGAUGUUGAGAAUGAGACAUACGAGGAAACUCCAGAUUAUUUCAUCGAAGAGCCCGAAGCUUUAGAGGCAUUGGAGCCCGAGGAAAUUGAAGAACAAGAUGAGGCGGAAGAGCCUGAAGAAGACGAUGAUUAUCGGUAUGUUCCAGAGUUUGAGGAUGAUGAAACAGUGCAAGGACGAAGGGGAGAGAGGAAUAGACGUACACCUGUGAGGGAGGAGUCCAGGGAUCGUGGGAUAAGGGCAUCGAGAAAGCGACAAUCCGAGGUUAACGGACGAGGUAAUGGGAAGCAGGGAAAACCGGGGUUCGGCGGCGGGAGUCGCGACGUUGAUGAAGUGGAGGAAGCGUAUAAAGGCACCGGACGUGGUAUUAUUGCCGAAUUAAUGGAUGGAACGUCACGACGUAAGGAUAAAUUGACAGAAGAAGAACAACAACUAAGAAGAGCUGAAAAUGCAAGGAAACGUAAGAAUUUGAGUGAAAAGAAGCUCGAAGAAGAGAAACAAGAUGUGAUUAAUAAAUUGCUGCGAAGACGUGCUGGGAAAUCUAGAAGUAAUGUUACAAUAGAGAAGGAAACGUCAGAGGAUCCGUCGGCUUUUACGAAACCACGUCGUGUUUAUAAUUCAACGGGAAUGGUACGUUUAAUGCGGACUAAGGGAGAAGAUCUCUACAGUUUCUACUGA